UGCACUGCUCUGAUCACAGACACACACACACACACACACACACACACACACACCGACCGGUGCUAGAGACCAGAGCAGAGCACACGUUUGAUUUGAAAUGACGACAGAACCAGAGAGCCAAUCAGAGCAGCAGGGGGCCAGUGCGGCUCCGCCCCAUUCAGCCCCGCCCCUCGAUAACCAGCUCCCUCCAGCCGCCGCCCACAGCACACCUGUGAGGAAAGAGCAGGGCGCUGGAGCUGAGGACGACGGCACGUCACACUGGUCCUCCUCCAGUAAACUGACCCGAUCUCCAGUCAAAAUCAGCCGGAAACCCAGGAACAUGCAGGUGAAGGUGGCUCUUCUGGACGGCUCUGACUACACCUGUGUGGUGGAGAAGCGUGAUAAAGGUCAGGUUCUGUUCGACAAAGUCUGCGAGCAUCUCAAUCUUCUGGAGAAAGAUUACUUUGGUGUCACAUUCCGUGAUGUGGAGAAUCAGAAGAACUGGCUGGAUCCUGCCAAAGACAUGAAGAAGCAGAUCAGAGGCGUCGCCUGGAAUUUCUCCUUCAGCGUGAAGUUUUAUCCUCCUGAGCCGGCGCUGCUUUCUGAAGACAUCACCAGAUAUUACCUGUGUUUACAGCUGCGGGAUGAUAUCGUCUCGGGUCGUUUGCCGUGUUCGUUCGCCACACACACGGUUCUGGGAUCGUAUACGGUUCAGUCGGAGCUGGGCGAUUAUGACCCAGACGAGUACAGCUCCGACUACGUCAGCGAGUUUCGUUUCGCGCCUCAUCAGACCAAAGAGAUGGAGGAGAAAAUCAUGGACCUGCACAAGAACUACAAAGGAAUGACGCCGGCUGAAGCUGAAAUGCAUUUUCUGGAGAAUGUGAAGAAACUGUCUAUGUAUGGAGUCGACCUUCAUCAUGCAAAGGAUUCAGAGGGGGUGGAGAUCAUGUUGGGCGUGUGUUCCUCCGGGCUCCUCAUCUACCGCGACAGACUUCGCAUCAAUCGCUUCGCCUGGCCCAAAGUCCUCAAGAUCUCCUACAAACGCAAUAACUUCUACAUCAAGAUCCGUCCAGGCGAGUUUGAGCAGUUUGAAAGCACGAUAGGCUUUAAACUUCCCAACCACAGAGCAGCCAAGAGACUGUGGAAGGUUUGUGUGGAGCAUCACACGUUCUUCAGGUUGGUUUCUCCAGAGACUCCUCCUAAGAAGUUCCUCACACUGGGUUCUAAGUUCCGCUACAGCGGCAGAACUCAGGCUCAGACCAGACGAGCCAGUUCCCAGAUCGUCCGUCCAGCGCCGUACUUCGAGCGUUCGACCAGCAAGCGCUACACGAUGUCACGGAGUCUGGAUGGAGCUCAGCGGACACCAGUCAACACAGCCACAGUCAAUGUAAAUGGCACUAGACCAACAGAGAUGGGUACGGCCUUGUACGGUGCAGCCAAAGGCAUUGCCAUGAGUGACCUCAUCACCACAAUAACACCGGAGAAGAAAGUGGAGGAGACGCACGAGGAGGAGCGUGAGGAGGCUCGACCGGUGUUAGUGGAGAGUGCAGUGCUGCUGGAGGAAGAGGACGAGACAACGAAAGCCACGGAACCAUCGCUGCCAAGCCCACAGACACCUGCCCGACAGGACACACGGACUGAUCUCACAGACACUGCUGUCGAUGAAGAGUUAACGGCCACAGAGUCGGAUCAGGAGGACGAAUCUGAAGCAAAGACGCAGGAAAUGGAGCAAACGCCAGACGAGCUGCUGAAGCAUCAGACCAACAUCAGCGAGCUGAGGCGGACGUUCCUGGAGGGAGGACAGGACCGGACGGCUCUGACCGAGUGGGAGAAGCGUCUGUCCUCAUCCCCGCUGCGAUCUCCACGUCUGGACGAAGCGCCCAUGAUCGAGCCGCUGGAGCCGGAUGAGAUCAAACAGGAAGCAGCGGUGAAGAUACAGGAAAUGGCAGCAGCAGCUCUGGAGCCACAGGAAGAGAAGGUUGAUGUGGAGUCUGAUGGGUGGGUCAUUAUAAACAAGGUUCCUCCGUUUGAACCAUAUAAACAUCCUCCAGUCGAAGCUGAAACAGUUUCUCGUAAGAUACCAGAGAAGGUUUCUACCACAGUACAAGAACACCGUCCUCCAGUUGAGCCAGACAAACCCUCGUCCGCCAAGCUUCUUCCAGAGAAAACUCCUUCUAAGGUUCCAGAAAAGGUUUCUACCAUAGUACAGGAGACAUUUUCUCCAGAAAAACCUUUGUUUGUAUCUGAAGAGGUUCCUCUUCCGAAGAUACCAGAAAAAUUUCCUCCAGAAAAACCCUCGCCCUCCGUAUCUGAAAAGUUUCCUCCAGAAAAACCCUCGCCCUCCGUAUCUGAAAAGUUUCCUCCAGAAAAACCCUCGCCCUCUGUAUCUGAAGAGCUUCCUCCAGAGAAAACUUUUUCUAAGAUUCCAGAAAAAUUUUCUCCAGAAAAAACCACAUCCGCCGUACCUGAAGAACUUCCUCCAGAGAAAACGUUUUCUAAGAUUCCAGAAAAGUUUCCUCCAGAAAAACCCUCGCCCUCCGUAUCUGAAGAGCUUCCUCCAGAGAAAACGUUUUCUACGAUUCCAGAAAAGCUUCUUCCAGAAAAACCCUCGCCCUCCGUAUCUGAAGAGGUUCCUCCAGAGAUAACUUUUUCUAAGAUUCCAGAAAUAUUUCCUCCAGAAAAACCCUCGCCCUCCGUAUCUGAAGAGGUUCCUCCAGAGAUAACUUUUUCUAAGAUUCCAGAAAUAUUUCCUCCAGAAAAACCCUCAUCCGAUGUACCUGAAGAGCAUACUCCAGAGAAAACUCCUUUUAAGAUUUCAGAAACGUUUCCUCAAGAAAAACCCUUGUCCACCGUAUCUGAAGAGCUUCCUCCAAGGAAAGCUCCUUCUAAGAUUCCAGUAAAGGUUUCUACGAUAGUACAAGGAACUUUCCCCCCAGAAAAACCUUCUUUGAUUGUAUCUGAAGAGGUUUCUUCAAAGAAGACUCCUCCAAAGGUCCCAGAAAAGGUUUCUACGGUGGUCCAAGGAAAGGUGGAACUCAUAAAGUUUCCUUCUGUUGGUUCUUCAGAGGAUGUUCCUCCUAAAGUACCACCAAAAGUCCCCCCGAAGGUACCAGAGAAGAAACACUUAGCAAGCUACAGAUUCAUAUCGGCCUCGUCCGGUAAACCUCCAGAAGAUAAACUCCCCGGAUCUCUAGAAGGUUUCUCUGUUGUCAGCAGAUCUUAUGAGUCCAGUAAGAUGCGUCUCCGCUCUCCUGUGGAUCUCUCCAGAACGUCUCCGACGGCUCGAGUGCCAAAGCCCAGUUUUGAUGAGAUGUCUCCUGAGCUCACUGCGCUCUUGCAGUCCACUCGCAGCUGGGCUCCAUCUGAGUCUGCCGCUUCAAUAGCGUUACACAAGCCAUCAGAGAGUCCAGAGAGUCAUCCGACUGAAGAAGAGGAUCAGCAGCCGCCGGCGGAGGGACUUCAGCCUCAGGUACCUGAGCCUCCAGAGGGCCCCUGGGAGCCUGCAGUGUGUUAUCAAACAUGUGUUGCAUGUGUGGAGCCGCUGAGCUCAGUGCGAGCCCUCGACGAGUCUGAGUCUGAGUCUGUUGAUGACUCCAGUGACUCCAGCAGUGUGAACUCAGAUAACUUCUCUGGGCCCCUCACACACACAGGCCCCUCGAGGGCCGGUCCCCACAGUGACAGUGAGUCUGGAGGAGAGAGCUUCUCUCUGUCCACUGAUGAAGAAGAUGAUGAUGAUGAUGAUGAGCAGUCACCCAAAAGGAGCACGUCCGAGCAGAGGGGUGUGGCUGAGGGUCACAGUGGGGAGGUAGAACUGACCGCCAGUUUAGAGUCUGGCGUGGUGAGUUUCUCAAGGACUCUGUCAGGGGACACGGACACACAGGACACAUCUGUGAUCCACACUGAGAUGAAGACCAUCACAUACGAAUCCCUGCAGGGCGAAACGGAUGGAGACGCUGAUCCUGGCAUUCUGCUGAGCGCUCAGACCAUCACAUCAGAAACCAGCAGCACCAGCACCACCACACACAUCACCAAGACGGUGAAGGGCGGCAUCUCAGAAACACGGAUUGAGAAGAGAAUCGUGAUCUCAGGAGAUGCAGACAUCGAUCAUGACGAGGCUCUGGCUCAGGCCAUUAAAGAGGCUAAAGAACAACAUCCCGACAUGUCAGUGACCAAAGUGGUGGUGCAUAAAGAGACGGAGAUCACGCCAGAGGAGUGAUGCAGGAUUAACAUCAUCUUCAUGCUUUCUGGAGGAACUCAUGUGUUCAUGCUGUGGAAAAUGAAGGAUGCUUUAGAGAAAUCAACACGGGAACAGCAGCAUAAACUAAUAAAUCACAGUAAACAUUGUCUGAACACAACUGGAGUAACACACACACACACACACACACACACACACACGCUUACAGACGCCGCACUGGAUCACUGUUACUGCAUGACAAGGGAACAAUUCUGCUUUUUCUGAGGAGACUACAGUAUAAAGACAAUUUAGAAAAUGCUAUAUGAGCGCAGUGUAUAGUCAAACCACGAGCUUAUCAUAAAGGGACUGAAAAAUAUGUGUGAGAAGAAAUAAUGGUUACAGAUAUCUACAUUUAUUUAUUCUACUGAAUACUGCUCACUUUAAAAAAGGAAAAACUUUGCACAAUAUUAAACCGCGCAAAGAUGUGCCAUCCAAACUCCGUCGGUUCAUCUCUGAUCUGCUCACGUUAAAUAUUACAUGUUCAUUAUGAGAAUAUGACUGUGUCACACAUGUAUGUUAGAGACGUGUUAUGUUGUUUUACUUUAGGUAUACACCUGUUUGUUUCCUUUUGAAAACUGUCCCUUGUGAACGUUGAGCUUAGAGGAAUGAAACUCUCCAGAGCUGCCCUGAAAUAUCAAUCCCAGAGUUCUCCCUGCCCACAUCUGAGCCUUAAACUGUACAGAACCCCAUGAAUGUUUAUGUCCUUGUUUGGUUUCCAAUGCAAUGUCGCUGCCCUGCUGACUGUUUCCAACUCAAGCAACUCAAUAAAAUCUCAAUUCCAUUUCUGAUC